AUGGCUCCUUGCCGAGGAAUUAGGGUUCCUCUCUCCGUCGUGUUUUUGUGCGGAUUCUUGUUACUUUUGCUCUUUCACACUCAGAGAAUCAGUCUGCUUUCUUCUUCUUCUUCUUCUUCUUCUUCUUUCUUUGAUCUACGAAUCUUUCCUUCUUCUUCUUUUUCAUUCGGAACAGUGGAGAAGCUUGCAAAAGAAGAAACCUCGGUGGACCCAGAACUUGUGGACGACAGGUUCGAGUUUGACGAAGAGUGCGACGUCACGGUCGGGAAAUGGGUUUACAACCGUUCGGUCGAACCUCUCUACACCGACGAAUCCUGUCCGUACAUCGACCGCCAGUUCACUUGCCUCAAAAAUGGCCGGCCUGAUACCGAUUAUCUACGUUGGGAAUGGUGGCCUGAUGGCUGUACUCUUCCCCGAUUCGGUCCGAAGUUAGCAUUGAAUAAGCUCCGAGGAAAGCGGCUGCUUUUCGUGGGAGAUUCACUUCAACGAAGCCAGUGGGAAUCCUUCGUGUGUUUGGUGAAUUCCGUCAUUCCCGGGGGGAAAAAGUCAAUUAAAAGACACAAAAUAUACUCUGUUUUCAGAGCUGAGGAAUACAAUGCGAGCAUCGAAUUCUACUGGGCACCGUAUAUAGUGGAAUCAAACACAGAUGAACCAGUGAUCGUGGACCUGCAGAAGAGAAUCGUGAAGGUGGAUUCUCUUGAAGAGAGAUCCAAGUACUGGGAAGAAGCUGAUAUUCUCGUCUUCAACACUUAUGUCUGGUGGAUGACCGGCUUCAAGAUCAAGGCUCUAUGGGGUUCGUUUGCAAACGGAGAAGAGGGAGCGGAGGCGCUGGAUGGGCCCAUGGCUUACCGGCUGGGGUUGAAGACAUGGGCCAACUGGGUUGACUCCACCGUUGACCCCACCAAGACCAGAGUCUUCUUCACCUCCAUGUCUCCUACUCAUUCCAGGAGUGCGGACUGGGGGAAGCAAAACGGCACGAAGUGUUACAACGAGACGGAGCCCGUAAGGGAGCGCAACUACUGGGGAAGUGGAUCAAACAAGGCGAUGAUGGAAGUGGUGUCGAGCGUCGGGAAGAGGAUGAAGAGCCACAGCCACGUCACCUUCCUCAACAUCACUCAGCUCUCAGAGUACCGCAUCGACGGCCACACAUCUGUCUACACCGAGACAGGUGGCAUCAUCUUAACGGCUAAGGAGAGGGCCAAUCCUAUGCGGUACGCUGAUUGUAUACACUGGUGCCUCCCUGGUUUGCCCGACACGUGGAAUCAGAUCCUCCUCGCUCAUUUGUAA